GGACCAAAAGGAAAGUGACCACGUCACCAAAUUUAAAUUCCUUCCUCAAGAAGGCUACCGUCCUUUUUUCUUUUCUUUUUAACUUCACUCUUAUGAAGUCUGCGAAGCAUAGAAGAGAGCCAGAAAGAGGAGAGAGAGCCAAACCCUGACCAAAUAAAAGCCCUCUUCUUCUCUCUGUCAACAAACAUAAACAACUCUCGCUCUAUAACUUCUAAACUCAGCAAAACCCUAAAUAUCAAAAGUAUUUAUCAAUAUAUAUUUAUAUAUAUUCACAGGAAACCAAUCCCUAGCAAUUCCAAAACCCUAAAUUUUUAUUUCAGGCUUCGUCGGAAUGUCGCCGGCGGCAGUGGAUUUUCGGUCUCCGAUCACCUCUAUGCCGACCAAAUCCUCCUCUACUCCUGAAAACCCUAACCCUGUACCCGACGUGGCGUCCUCUCCCACCUUUAACCUCGGUGCUUCAAACGACAAUGGAAGUCAGUGUCAGUUCGGUCCGAGUGUGCCGUCGCGAUCGGGUCGGUUGCGGCCGAGGUUUGUGAAGAUGAGGAAGCAGCAUUCAAGGUCAAGAACUGGGUCGGGUGAGAGUGGGCCGGGGGUCAACCCGUUUUGCUCGGUAAGUGAUGGUACUAGUUCUUCCAAUGGGUUUAAUUUUUCUAAUGGUGAUUGUGGGGGUGUGGAUUUUGUGUUUGGUGCUAGAAAGAUUGGUGGUGAUGAGAAUUUGGAUAAUGGGGAGGAAGGGAGUGGUGGAAUAGUGAGAAAUUUGGAUAAUGGGGAGGAAGGGAGUAGUGAAAUAAUGAGAAAUUCGAGUUGUGAUGAUAAUUUGGAUAAUGGGGAGGGAGAGAGUUGUGAGAAGGUGAAAAUUUUGAGUUCUGAUGAGAGGGGGCAGGUGAAUACUGGGAAUGGAAGAGAGUCUGAUAAGCUGGAGAGUGUUUGUUAUGAGUGUAGUGCGAAGAAGGAUGGUCUGGGAUCUAGUUUGUGUCGGGAAAAGAGAGAAUUUUGUGAAAAUGUGAGAGCGAUCGUUUCUGAAGAUAAAUGGAAUGAAAAAACAGAGACUGAAACAGAAUGUCAGAAGGGUGAUAACCGGGGUUUUGUGUUUAGUGCUAACAGCAGUGGUUUGAGUUCGGAUUUGAAGUUGGAUUCAAAUCAAGAAAUGAGAGAAUGUGGUGGAUAUGUGGAGAAACCGAGCACAUAUAAUAGUGGAAAAAUGAAAAUAGAGAGUGAAGUAGGGUAUAAUGUGGGUUCUGGGCUUGGAGCUAGUCAAAGAGAUUCAGCUCCGAAGUUGAAUGCCGAAAAUAGGGAGUCUGCAAGUUUUGUGUUUACUAUUGGCUCGGAUGAUUUUGGGUCUACUUCAAAUACAGGAAACAGAGAACACAGUGAAAAUGAGGGGACGCCAGGUUGUGAUGGUAUUGGCAGUACAGAAAUUGAUAAUGAAGGUGAGGAAAAGAAGGACAAUGAUAUGGGUUUUGUGUUUGUUUCUAGUUGGAAUUCCUUGAAUUCAGGAAAGAAAAGCUCUAGUGGAAAACUGGAAAAGUUGGCUCCUGAUGUCCUUGGUGGGAAGAUGAAAGUAGAGAGUGAAACAGAGUUUGAGAAAAUGGAAGCUGAUCCUUUUAAAUUUCAUGCUGAGGAGCGUUGCAUCUCAAAUAAAGAUCAUGAUAAGGGCUUUUUUGUAUUUGGAAGCAGCACUAAGAAAGGUUCCAGUUUGACUGAAUGCAAGGUCAUGAAGUGUCAAGAUGAAAUGAAACUGAGUAGUGAAAAUUUAGGAGAUUGCAAGACCAAUUCAGAAAGUAAUUCUUGUGGUCAGUGUUCAGGAGGUCCUUAUGUUGCCUCAGAGAAAAAUAAUGGAGAUAAUGAUGAAAGUAGUGACCAGAACCAUAUCUUAUUUGGAAGUGAUAGAAACACGGAGGGUGCCACUAUAGGAAUUUCUGGUUCCAAAAAAUUUACAUCUCAGGCAGGAAGUGAUGAGAGUGUUGAGGCAGGACAGUUUUCUCAUUAUCCAAUUAAUAAUAAUACACACCCAAAUGUAGCUACUGCCCCAUGUUCAUCCUCAUCAAUUGGUCCUGGCAUCAAAAGCAAUGGUUGUGUUUCUGAAGCAGCUUCUGUGGGUGGAGUAAGAAAGAAAGAUGAAAAUAGUUCUACUAGCACUCCAGAUGGUUUUGGAGUGUGCUUUGAGGACUUUAAAACGUCAUUUUUGGAUCCUUCCUGUCUUAGAGCAAAUCUUUUUCCUGAAUUAAAUAAAACUUCGGAGUUCAGUGUGAAGGGUAGGUCAUUUAGGGACAAAAGAUCAAGGAAACAAAGGGGAAAGUCAAAGCUGAGUAAGCAAUGGCCAGUUCAAGAUCAUGUGCCCAAGGAAAGUAGUUCCCAAGGAAACCCAGACCCUUCUGGAUGUUACUCACCCAUGGAUUUCUCUCCCUAUGAGGAAACAAGAGUUGCUGAUCCACAUUCAAGGGAAACUUCUGUGACAUCUACUGACUCCAACCACCUAGUCAACGAUAGUGCACCCUGUGCCUCCAAUGCAACAGUUCCUGCUGAUCCUAAAGGUGAAGAUUUGAUUGCUGCAGGAAGUGGGUUGGAUGACAGAGGUGAUCGGAUAUGUAAAGAGCCCAUUGAGGAGAAUUCGAGGUAUAUUGGUGAGAAAAUCUUUUUCCAUGAUUUUUUGUGGAAAGGGUCUGGUCCUGGAGCUGAACCUGAAACUCCCUGCUUUAGUUCCAAAAGUGAGCAUGUGAGUAGUAUCAGUGGUGCUGGUUUGGAUUCAGAAGAAGCUAGAGUUGGCAUUGGCUUAAAUAUAGAGAGACAAGAAAGUGCUUGUAAAACACCACUUUUUGCUUCAGGUUUUGAAAAUAUGAAAGAUAAAUACUUCACAUUUUUGGCAUCGUCUUCUGCUCAAGGUAGCUCAAUGAUGGGAAAGCGCCAACAGCAUAGAAAGAAAAAUAGGAUGAAAGUUGGUCACAAGACGUUUGUUAUAACUCCAAGUCCGAAUGUUGAGUUUGGAUCUUCUGACCUAUUUACCCUCCACUCUAAGGAACCUUUAUCUGCAGAUGUAGUUGGUAAAUCUGAAGCAAAUGAACAAAAGGAACCUUUAUCUGCAGAUGUAGUUGGUAAAUCUGAAGCAAAUGAACAAUUUAAGCAAGUGAAUAUUUCUUCUAGUGCUGCUACUCAUGAAACCUGUGAGAAAUGGCGGAUCAGGGGAAACGAAGCCUAUAAAAAUGGAGAUCUUUCAAAAGCUGAAGAUUUUUACACACAGGGAAUAAUUUCUAUACCUUCUAAUGAACGAUCAGGAUGCUGCCUUAAGCCUCUGUUGCUAUGCUAUAGCAACCGUGCUGCAACAAGAAUGGUUCUUGGAAGGAUAAGGGAAGCUUUAGGGGACUGUGUGAUGGCUACUGCAUUAGAUCCCAACUUUCUCAAAGUUCAAAUGAGGGCAGCUAAUUGCCAUCUUCUGCUCGGUGAAGUUGAAAUUGCACGGCAGUACUUCAAUAAGUGCUCAGAAUCAGGAAGUGGUGUGUGUUUGGAUCGAAGAGUUGUAAUAGAUUCUGCAGAUGGACUACAAAAAGUUCAGAAAGUGGUCGAGUAUACAAAUCGUUCUGCCAAGCUGCUGGACCAGAGAACUACUGAUGCGGCUCUCACUGCUUUAGAAAUAAUUUCUGAGGCCAUGUCAGUUAGUUUAUACUCAGAAACAUUGCUCGAAAUGAAAGCAGAGGCUCUGUGUUUGUUAAGGAGGUUUGAAGAGGCGGUUCAGUUGUGUGAGCAGAGUUUGUUUUUUGCUGAAAGGAAUUUCGCUCCACUGAACAGUGUUAGGUUGUGGAGGUGGUUCUUCAUAUCCAAGUCUUACUUUCAUUUGGGUAGGCUUGAGGCAGCUCUUGAUUUACUCGAGAAGCUACAGGAAGUGGAAUCUACUAAAGACAUGUAUGCAAGUAAGAAAUUGGAAUUAGCGGUUUCGUUAGCUGUCACCAUACGCGAACUUUUAAGCCACAAGAAUGCAGGCAAUGAAGCAUUUAGAUCAGGAAGAUAUGCAGAAGCAUUGGAACAUUAUACUGUUGCUUUAUCUAGCAAUUUCGGAUCUCGUCCAUUUUCAGCCAUCUGUUUGUGCAACCGUGGUGCAGCACACCAAGCUUUGGGUCAAAUUACUGAUGCCAUUGCAGACUGCAGUCUUGCCAUUGCUCUUGAUGGAAAUUAUGUAAAGGCAGUUUCUAGAAGAGCCACCUUACAUGAGAUGAUACGAGACUAUGGACAGGCAGCUAGUGAUCUCCAAAGACUUAUAUCCAUUCUGGAAAACCAAUCUAAUGACAAAGCCAAAGAGUGUAGCUCAAAAGGUAGAUCCAAUGGCAGUGUAAAAGAAUUACGGCAUGCUCAUCGACGAAUGCCUUUGAUAGAAGAAGAAGCUAAGAAAGGAAUCUCUUUGGAUUUUUAUGUCAUUUUGGGAAUUAAACCAUCUGAUGCAAGUCCUGAUAUUAAGAAGGCUUACCGGAAGGCAGCUCUCAAGCAUCAUCCAGACAAGGCUGGCCAAUUCUUGGCAAGGAGUGAGAGUGGAGAUGAAGGGCAACUCUGGAAAGAAAUCUCUCAGGAGGUUCACAAGGAUGCUGACAGGCUCUUUAAAAUGAUUGGAGAGGCAUAUGCAGUACUAUCAGACCCUGCUAAGCGCUCACAAUAUGAUCUUGAGGAGGAGAUGAGAAAAGUAGAAAUUGAAAGCAAGGAAAGCGGCAUUUAUAGAAAAUCUUCAGAUUUUCAGAGUCCUGGACGCAACAGUUAUAGAAGACCUGAUUUCCAUAGCUCUCCAUUUGAGAGAAGUUCUAAUAGUCGGACCUACGGCAGGGAGAAUUGGAGAACAUAUGGAAAUUCGUAUUCUCGAUGGUAAAAGGGAAUUGGAAGAUUUGAGUUUUCCGCACAAGUGCACGGCAUGUUUUUAAAUGGCCCUAGUUUCAUAGGGGAUCGAUGGAAAUGUGCUGGCUGCUAGGGCUCAGGUAAUUAUUCUCAUAAUGGAUCCAGUCAAACGUAGCCGGUCUUUGAUCUGAAAGCUAGCUUUGAAUGUAUAUCAAGAGGUUGAGCCUGGUAUCUUGUAUAUCUACAGGAAAAGAAAUGAGAGGGUUUUGGUCAUAAUACAACAGCAAUGUUUAUACAUUUACUACCUUCAAAAUACAACGAUCAACACCUCAGUCCUGCACCUCUGAUGCUCGGCAAGUGCUAGCGAUUAUGGAAGAAGAGCUGGAAUUCUUUGGUUUACAUCCAUUUUGAUGGAAAACAAACAGCGAGGAUAAAUAAUUGUAAAAUUUUUACUUGUUUGUACUAAUUGAAUAAAUGAGUGAGCCCAUGUUAUAGAUAAUUAUUGGAUGGUGCCCUUAUAAAAAGAUGUAGCCCUCUACUUCUCUCUUCUGCUUGUACUCAACUUUCUCCAAUUAUCUUUAAAUUCAUUUUUUGGAAA